AAGGAAAAGCUUAUUGGAAAAUGGCUGGAUGGAUGAAGAGAUUUUGAGGCGUCCAGUGAGCGGAGUCACUCAGUGCUGUGUGCCUCGUGUGUUGCCUCUAGAUGGCGGAAUAGAGUCAUGAAUGUCUACAGAAGAGCGACUAAUUGCCAAGUCAUCCACCAUUCUUUGAGCAAAAACAAAGUCGCCCCGCCCCCAGGUUGCUUGUGUGCGAGUGCGCGAGUUUUCCCUUGGCCUGGGCAUAGUUCAGUCACCAAACGUCAUGCAUGCUGACUGGUGCUGAGCCCGUUCCAGUUACUUUGCUUUUGCAAACAAAACACCUGGCUUUACAAAUCAAAAUUAUCGAAGGCUGCUUCCAAGGAUUACCCUCUGACAUACAUGACCUUGGGUCUCUCAUGGGCAUCACAAUGACAAAGUCGGACAUGAUCACCUUUACUCUGCUGUUGAUUCAACUUCCGUGUGUAUUUGGAGGCAAAAUAUUGGUGUACCCUUUAGACGGCAGCCACUGGUUAAACAUGAAUGGAGUGAUCGAGGAACUUCACGCCAAAGGCCACAAGGUCACAGUGGCGCGGCCAUCCGAUAGCUGGUACAUUCCAGAAAAGUCUCCUCAUUACAACUCUGUCACCCUCGAUGGUCAGGAUGGCUUUAAGGACCAUUAUGAAUCAUUUGUGUUUCAACAAGUGGAAAUGAGACUUCAGGGGAGGGGUCUAUCUCUUCUGCCUCGCAUUUGGAAUAACAUUCAGAUUCGGUUCUCGCUUAUAACUCAAUUUUCUUUAUUCUACGAGCAGCAUUGUAAGACAGUAGUUCAGAUGUUCGAAAAUGAAACUCAGAUGCAGUCAUUUCAUAACGCCAAGUACGACGUCGUGUUGACUGAUCCCACCAUAGGUGGAGGGGCACUGCUUGCACGCCAUCUCAACGUUCCCCUCAUUUACAAUGCCAGAUGGACUUUCCUAGGUGAAGCUCAUGACCUCAUUGCCCCAUCCCCUCUGUCGUAUACACCCCAUCUCACAGCCCAGUUGACAGAUAAGAUGACUUUCCCUCAAAGAAUCUUGAAUGUUGUAUCCUACAUCGUGAGUGGCUUGACAAGGUUGUACAUUUCAGAACGUCACUACAAACCGAUAGUGAGGCGCUACUUUGGUCCUGAUGUGGAUUAUACGACAUUUUUUGUGGAUGCUGAUAUGUGGCUUUUGAGAAACGAUUUUGUCUUUGAAUUUCCCCGACCCACGAUGCCGAAUAUCGUCUACAUGGGUGGAUUUCAGUGUAAGCCUCCAAAGCAGCUCCCUGUGGAUCUCGAGGAGUUUGUCCAGAGUUCUGGAGAUCACGGCGUUGUGAUGAUGACCUUGGGCACUCUUAUCGCAAAGCUUCCGCAAGAUGUCACCGAAGAAAUUGCUGCAGCUUUUGCACAGCUACCUCAGAAAGUCAUCUGGCGGUAUGUGGGACAAAAGCCAGCCAACCUGGGCAACAACACUUUACUGGUUGACUGGCUACCACAGAAUGACCUCUUGGCGCAUCCUAAAACAAGAGUAUUUGUCUGUCACGGCGGCAACAACGGCAUUCAAGAAGCAAUUUACUAUGGCAUUCCAAUCGUAGGACUUCCAUUAUUUUUGGAUCAGCACGAUAAUCUCAACAGGAUACGAGGAAGGGGAGCAGCAGUAAAUGUCGAUAUCGCCACGGUGGACAGGCACAUCUUUGAGGAGGCACUCGUGACAGUUCUUCACAACUCAUCCUACAGGGAAAACAUGCAAAGGCUCUCACGGCUGCAACGGGAUCAGCCAAUCACACCGAUGGAGCAGGCAGUGUUUUGGAUCGAAUAUGUUAUAAGGCAUAAAGGAGCUGAGCAUUUGAAGGCACAGUCCAACAAAAUGUCCUCGGUUGUUUACCACUCGAUUGAUGUCAUUGUAGCUUUGCUAACAGUAAUUUUGCUUCUCGUGUUCACCUGCCUUUUCGUUUUAAGAUUGAUGUGCAGAAUAUGUUUUCAUGAGAAAAAAAAGAAACGCGAAUAAUCUUUUUUUCUUCAGCUAUCGCUUUAAGAUAAUGUCGCAUUACUUUUAAAGACACUGACUUUCAAGAGCCAACUGGAUGAAUUCAGUUACUUUAAUUGUUGUUGAAGAUUGCUUGAAUGAAAAAGUAAAAUGUUUCCAAAAUGAGACAAGAGCAAAUUUGAAAAAUUCUCACCAUGACAUUCAUUUUUAUUAACUUUUAGCGAUUAACUAUUUAUCCCGUUAUUCUCGAUGCUCCUCACAUUUUUUUUAAUUCACUAUAUUUGAGUUAUAUCUCAGCCAGGGAUUGACAUGUAUGUGUUGUGUAUUGGAAAAUACUUUUCUCAAGAAAGCCCAUGUCAUUUUUAACUUUCCAUGACCAAAUCGAUAACAAUACUAAUGUGUUUGCUAAGAUUUUUUUUUCUUGAAAUUUGGAAAAUGCUCAAAUUCAUUUUCAGUAGCCAUGCUAUUAGACUAAUUAUAUUGUCUUAAAAGGUAAUAAAGAGUUGAUGAUAGCAACAGUU